AUGGCAGCCGCGAAAAAGGGGCCUAUAUGUGUUAUAGUUUUGGGUAUGGCUGGUUCAGGAAAAACGUCCCUUGUUUCUAGAUUAAGUGAAUCUGAAAAAAAACCAUAUAUUGUCAAUCUAGACCCAGCUUGCUUGCAGACUCCGUAUCACGCUAACAUAGAUAUACGGGACUCAAUCAAUUACAAAGAAACAAUGAAAAAUUAUAAAUUAGGUCCAAACGGAGCCAUAGUAACUUGUUUAAAUUUGUUCGCAACUAAAUGUGAGGAGGUUGUGAAAGUUAUAAGAGACUGCCCAAAUGAUAUAUGUUUGAUAGACACACCAGGACAGAUUGAGGUGUUCACCUGGUCAGUUUCUGGACAAAUCAUAACCCAAACAUUGGCACAAAAUUUUCCUACUGUUGUUUUAUAUGUAAUAGAUUCUGUGAGAAGCACAUCACCCACAACAUUUAUGUCGAAUAUGAUGUAUGCUUGCUCCACUAUGUAUAAAUAUCUUGUUCCCUUCAUAGCUGUAAUGAACAAAACCGAUAUAGUGUCCCAUUUAUAUGCUAAAGAGUGGAUGACAGAUGUUGAUAGUUUUAUGCAGGUUCUUGACAAUGAGGACAGCUAUUUGAACACAUUAAAUGGGCGUUUGGCACUUACUCUGGAUAUAUUUUACGAAGAUCUGAAAAUGUGCGGUUUUAGUGCUCAAACUGGGGAUGGUAUCGAAGACUUGUUUAAAUUAAUUGAAGAUGCUAAGGAUGAAUAUGAGAAAAAUUACAAAAAAGAAUAUGAGCAGAUAAGGUUGAAAGCUGAGGAACACAAAAAGAUGAGUAAAGAGACAGAAGAGGGGGAAUCUGAUUUUAAGUCUUUGAAAAUGGACCAAAAUUCAGAUGUUUACAUAAGACAUCCAGGAAAUGAAAGUAGUGAAGACUCCGAGGGUGAAGAGGAAGAUCACGAUGGGGAAUCUACAGAGGCGACAGAUGAGACGUACGCGAAACAUUUGAAAAAUCAGAAAGAAUUGCAGUUAAAGAGGGCGAAAGAGGCAGAAAUGAGAAAGACGUCGAAAGCUUCAACCUCAAAGAACUAAUAAGUUUGAUAUGUAAUUAAAUAUUUUCAAAUUA